CACGACACUGACGACUAUCACGAAUAAUACAUCUACCGAACAAACCUGUUCCGGCCCGGAAAACGCGUCCCUGGUGUUUCGCCUCUCGGCACGGAGAAUCCUCACUCCCAGAAAUUCUCGGAAACUCGCGCGCGCAUACUCAUACCGAGCCACGCCUUACUCGGUCUUCCGCCUGAAAUAGGCCCAGAAUCACCGCAGCACACGUAUCAACAAGCACAUAUACCCCCCCUCCCAAAAAAAAUGAAGAUCUUCAACACCGAGCACGAAUUCGCCUACUCCUGGGACGAAGUCAGCACAGCAAACUGGCGAAAAUACUGUCCGUGGAACGACAAAUCCGAACACGUAAUAGCAGUCGACACCAUCUCCCGAACCAUCGACCCGUCCACCAAAAUCCUGCGAACCGAGCGCCUCAUCACCUGCAAACAAUCGGCUCCCAAAUGGGUCCAAACAUUCUUCGGCGGAAGCCAGGACACCUCGCUCGUCUACGAAGUCUCGUACGUCGACGCGCGCGCGAAAAAAGUCACCAUGUGCAGUCAGAAUUUGACGUGGAGUGAUUUGCUCAGCGUGCAGGAGACGGUGGUGUACAGACCGAGUAUACGGGAUGUGGGGAAAAGCAGUACGAUUUUCGAACAGAGGGCGAAAAUCAUCGCGAUGUGUGGGGGGUGGCAGAAGAUUAAGAGUGCGAUUGAGGAUUUCUCGGUUGAGAGGUUUAAGCAGAAUGCGGCGAGGGGGAAGGAGGGGUUUGAGAGGGUGUUGGAGAUUAGUCGGGAGGUGUUUGCGGAGGAGAGGAGGAAGAAGAAGCAGCAGCCGUUGGCUGUAUGAGUGGAAUGGUAAAAAAAAAGAGGGUGUGAUUCAACUCAUGCUCAGUUUCUCCGUGUGCUAUUUUUUUGGUUCUGGAUCUGCGUUUUUAGCGAGCGGGGAUGGCGUUUUGAGGGAUUUACAGCGGCAUCGGGAUAUGGGAUUGUGUGAAAAGCGGGAUUAUGAGGGUUGUGUUGUAUAUGUGUGCCUUUGAGAAUACCCGGUGCGAGUUAUUAUUGAUCGUUGCGCUCACGCGUUCGUAUAUUAGAUCUAGAUAUGAGAUGAUACUCUGACAUUGAAUGCC